UUCUCUGGCGCAAAGCGCAGCGAGCGGUUGAAUUUCAGCUUGUGCUUUGAGUCUUGUGGCCAUGUGACGGCUUAAUUAAACAAUUUAAAUAGAAUUUUUAUAUCAUACGGGGUAUUACAAAAGCCACAACAUGGGCAAUGUGCAGCCACGUCCAUUUGAGACUCGGAAUGUGGCAAGCCGGCGCAGUAGCAUCCUUUGGAACUUUCGGUACUCGAAUGCAGCACGCCGGCGAGAGGAUCUCGCAGUGAUUGUCCACAACUCCAGGAUGAGCAUAGUCGAGUGGUUGGAUCUCUUGGAGCUGCAGCAGUACGAAGGUAACUUGCAGGCCUACAGCACUGUGGAAGAUGUCGUGGACAUCACGGAUAAGGAGCUGAAACGCUGCGGCAUUCGCAGUGCCCAUCGCCAGAUGAUGAUCAACAGUCUGUUGGGUGUGCGGGCCAAACGACGGCAAUCCAUGAACUUGGAGGCAAACAGUGCGCCUCGCCCAGUGCUGCGCCGUAAGAAUUCCUGUCCAUUGGUUUAUCUGGAGGAGAGUUCCAUCGAUAUCUCAGGAAGUGGCGAUAGCGGACGGGGCUUGAUUAUCACCAAAAGUGGCAAGGUUCUCAAUCAACUCACUUUUGAUGACACAAAUACUAUCUACGAGGAACUGAGACCGCGCUCCAAGUGCAACAGUCCGCAUUGGUCCGCCGCCAACAUUGACAGCGAGAUGGAGCACAAUAGUGGCAGCAAUGCCUCCACACCGAUUGCCGUCAACUCGCCGAACCCCAAUGAGCAACAGGAGGCCAUAGCCCUGAAGAAGGCCCUCGAGUGGGAGCUGAGCUUGGAUGCCAGGGAACUGCGAUCCCAUGCGUGGUACCACGGUCCGCUACCCCGACAAAGGGCCGAGGAGAUUGUCCAACGCGAGGGCGACUUUCUGGUUAGGGACUGUGCCUCUCAGCCGGAUAACUAUGUCCUCAGUUGUCGCAGCAAACUGGCAGUGCUACACUUUGUGCUCAAUAAGUUGGUCCUUCAACCAGAGACCGUGUACGAGCGUGUUCAGUAUCAAUUUGAGGAGGAUGCCUUUGACACGGUACCCGAUCUAAUCACCUUCUAUGUGGGCUCUGGCAAACCUAUCUCCGCCGCCUCAGGAGCUCUCAUUCAGUAUCCUUGCAACAGGAGGUAUCCACUCUCCUUCUAUGGCCACAAGAUUGUGGGUAAUCAACUGCACAGCCAAAUGCUAGCCGGUCUACGGGGAUUGAGUCCUCUGAACUCCCCAAUGGGCAGCAAUGGAACAGGACUGGGAAAUGGUGGUUCUGCAGUCUUUCGCUUUGAUCCCCAGCAACAGCAGCAGCACCAGCAGCAGUCAGUGCCACAGCAACAGCAGCAGCAGCAGUCGGUACCACAGCAACAACAACAGCAAACAGUGUCGUCUCCGGGUAGUCCACACUGCUCGCCACCACGAGCACGACGCGAAGUUCCUCCGCCACCGCGGCUGCCCUGCAAGAAGCAGCAGCGCUCCCAGAGCCUGACUCCCGCACAGGCCAUGGUCGUGAGCAACAUCAACAAGCUGCAGGAGCAGCACCAGCAACAGCUCCAGCUCCAGGAGGCUGCCAAUGGCAACAGCAAUGGAAAUGGAAAUGCAAAUGGAAAUGGCAAUGGGAUGGCCCGAUUCCAGACUAUAGCCAGAUGCAAUCCCACCAGCGAUCUGCAGCAGCAUUUGGAGAACAAAUUUACCACCCACUCGCUGCCAAGGCCGAGUACUUCAGCAGCCCAGGCACUGCGUCAGCAGGCAGCGGCUAGGAUGUCGAGUUUGGCCAGAAACUGCAGCCUGGACACACCGUCGGAUUCCAGUCGGCCACCCAGUCCGCCGCCCAAGCCGCGCAAGGAACCCAUGGCCGCAGUGUUAGCAUACCAGGCAAGUGGCUCCGAUUCGGGCAAUGGAUCGGGCGACUCUGCUCUGGGGGAUGGCAGCGAGGUGAGCAUACAGCGUGGAGUGAUCAUCAAGAAUCCAAGAUUCAUGAGCAACUCCGUGUCCAAUGGAACGCUGAAGAGCUUCACCGAAUUCGAUGCUAUGGCGGCAGAGGAGAAUCUCUUCACAUUGGCCAUUGAGGAGGUGCGAGUGGGAAGCAAAUUUGACUUUGAGAACUUCAGUACGCUGCUGCUGCCGUCAGUCGAGAACAAACCGCUGGAUGGGGAUGCCCUGAACACCUUCAAGAUGAUGCUCUUGGAAACGGGUCCCAAGCUGCUGGCGGAGCACAUAACCCGCAUUGAUAUCGGUCUGUUUCUGGAGGAACCCGACGAUGAGGUGGAUUACUUUUUGAGCUGUUCGGGACUGGAGCUGCUGACACUGCCGCAUGGCAAGCUCUUCAGGGAGGAUAUCAUUGAGCGGACGCAGUGCAUCAAGUUGAUGGUGGCCGUGACCAUUCUCACCUGCCAGACAGAUCUGGAUCGGGCACAGCUGCUCAGCAAGUGGAUACAGAUUGCAGUGGAGACGAAGACGGCAUUGGGGAACCUAUUUGGAUUCUGUGCCAUUAUGUUGGGACUAAGCAUGCCACAGAUCCAAAAACUCGAUCAGGCCUGGCACAUUCUACGGCAAAAAUACACGGACAGCGCCUUUACCUUUGAGGCCAAGCUGCGCCCCACUUUGAGCAGCAUGAACGAGGCCUCCAAUCCGCAGGCCCCAAACACCACAGUUCCCCAUGUCCUGCUCUAUGCUCUGCUCAUCGAUCGUCCGGUUAUGGACAUCAUCAACCAUUCGAAUAUGGACGAUCGUCCGGCUCUAUAUCACACCUGCAUUGCUCCCUGGGAAUCGAAGGCGGAUGACUUUGGCAUGUCCAUCAAUUUCCAACAUUUGGAUGCCUCGCGUGGCUUCCUCAAGAGCCUGGAUCUGUACCGGAAGAAUGCCAAAAUGAUGCUCGAAGAUGCCAGCACUAGGCUGGAUGAGCUCUUAUCGGAUGCUUUUCGAACUGAAUUCCAUGUGAAAUUCCUUUGGGGAAGUUGUGGGGCCACGGCCAAGCCCGAGGAUCGUCAUGGAAAGCUGGAAAAGGUGCUAACACUAAUGGCCGACAAGUUCUGCAUGAUGGCCGAGAAGUAAAAUAAAAUUAAACAACGCAACGAUAUGAUAUGGACUCUAGUUUCUAGUUGAUAAUACAAUUACUUACUAUAAUCAAAAGAUCGUCAUCCCAUACUUCCAGCUCUACAGCUCUUUAUCAUACAAUACACCUAUCUAUCGAUCAAUCAAUCAAUCUACUAUCUAUCUAUCUCCAAUUGUCUCCAGACCCUCCGCAAAUUUGAAUUUCGUGCUGUCUCUACCUCAGCCCUGGGUAUAUCUGUAUUUAUAAUUUUAGCAGAAACACACAGAAGCACUUUAUGUUACAGUUCAAAUAUUUAUUAAUCCUUAGUUAAGCCAAAAAACUCUAGAUAUACGACGACGGGAAGAGAGGUUGGAAUCAAAAUAGAAACCUACUAUAUACGAUAUUUAUUAGCAACUCUCUCCAAGAGGGCAAAAAUCUUCUACUCUGAACACACUACCAAAGUCUAGUACUUACUUUAUAUUCCACUAAAUAACUUAAUAAACUAUAAAGCGGACAAUAUACAUUAAUCAAAGCCAUCAUGUAUACACUCUCACACACACAUAACAACGGUAUAUACAUAUGUAGGCAUAUACCCCCCCACUAAGAAUGCAUAACUUUUGCAAGUUUUGAUAAGUGAUAGUGCAGGAAAUAUAAUGGAAAUACAGAAAAAUAUUAUAAAA